AAAGGAGAUCUAAUUUCUGAAGGACAUUUAUUUGCUUUUUGGACAGUGUAACAGACUACCUUGAUAAUGGAAGCCCAAGAUAAACUGCAGGUUGUCCUGCUUGGUACAACAGGGUCUGGUAAAAGUGCUGCAGGAAACACCAUUCUUGGUAAAAAGGUUUUUAAAUCCUAUGCAUCCACUCAAUCAGUCACAGUAUCAAACCAGACUGAGGCAGCAACAAUUAAUGGAAUGGAAGUCACAGUUGUGGACACUCCUGGAUGGCACUGUACUAAAAUCUCUGAGGAUGAGGUCGCAUCACAGAUAAAGGCAGCCACUGCGUCACUUAAUGGGCAUUAUUCUUUUCUCAUGGUCAUCCCCAUCGGUUCCUAUACAGCAAAAGAGAUGCAUAUGAUUUCACAAUUAUGUAAAGUCCUAGGGGAAGAAUUUUUUAAUCAUACUACACUUUUGUUCUCAUUCCAUGAUAACCUUGAGUCAAAAUCCUUCGGACAGUUUAUUGAAGAAGAAGAGGGAGCAUUGAGGAGCAUUAUUAACCGCUGUGGAAAUCGAGUGCACACCUGGAACAACAGAGAUAGUUCAUCUGUGAACAAACUGAAGUUGUUUGAGGAUCUAAAAAAAACACAGAGAAUGAAUGAAAAUUCUGUGGAGAGCUCCCAGAGUGAAAAGCAAGAUGAAAAAAUGAUUGGAAAACCAGAACAAGAUCAAAUCACAUCUGAUGAAACAAUAAGACAUGCAAGUGCACAUAAAGACACUACAGAAACACUGGACAAGCCAAAUGAAGUCAGAGUUCUUGUCCUGGGAAUGGCUGGAGUAGGAAAGACCUCAACCAUUAAGACACUUUUAGGAAAUGAUAAUGAAACUGAAAGCAGAAAAGUUUAUACAACCAAAAAGUCUGGAUUUAAUUUAAAGUUGAUUGAUUCUCCUGGCAUUAAGAAAGAUACACAAGUGAAUGAUAUCGUCUCUCAGUUUCUGUCAUGUGCCACUCUAAGGCCACAUGUAAUUAUGAUUGUACUCAGAGUGGAAAAAGAUACCAAGGAAACCUUCGAAAUUGUAGAUCACAUACUCGCAUGUCUUGACACAUUAAGAAAACACACAAUGAUCAUUUUCUCUGGAAAGGACAAUCUAGAAAACAAUGGUAUUGAAGAAUACAUUAAGAAAAGUCCAGAAAUUGAAUGUCUUGUAAACAAGUGUGGAAAAAGAUUUCAUGCACUGAAUAACAAGGACGCCUGUGAUCAGACUCAAGUAAACCAACUGGUGGACAAGAUUGCUGAAAUAUACUGUGAAAAUGAAAAGAGGAAAUGUCCAGAUCACAUAGAAAAGCUACAAAAACUGAGCGAUGAAGAGUCUUCUGAGAGUACAUAUUUUUAAAAGAGGUAUUAUGUAUUUAUAUAUUCAUGCACAGACAUAAUUCUGAUUAUUUUAUUAUUUUAUUUAGUCAAAAAUGACAUUUUUGUCAUUGUUUAUUUACCCUCACCUUGCCCCAAACCUGUAUAAAUUAACAUUUCUGUUGAACACAAAAGAAAAUAUUUUGAAUAUUUUUUCCCCAUGCUGUAGACGACAAUGGCAACCACAAACGGUUUGGUUAUGAACAUUCUUAAAAAUAUCUUCUUUUAUGUUCAGCAAAGGAACAAAACUCAUCUCAUACAGGUUAUAACAACCUGGGAGUAAGUAAAUGAUGACAGAAUUUAAAUUUUUGGGCUGAACUAUUCCUUUAGUAACAUUUUCUGAUUAGCUGUCACUGACUGUCUGCUUGAUUGUGACC